GUCCCGUUUGGGCGUAAACCGAGUCCUCUGCCCCCGCACAUCUGCCCCGCUCCCCCCGCUGCAGGGCUCCGUGUUCCCCCGCUGCAGGGCUCCGUGUUCCCCCGCUGCAGGGCUCCGUGUCCCGGGGCGGCGCCGGUCUGGACUCCGCUCUCCGCGCUCUGCUCCGGGGCUGAUGAGGAGCUGCGUUCAGCUGCGGAGGAGGAGGCGGAGGAGAGAGACAUGUGACCGGGGACAGGAAGACACCCGGAGGCUGCGGACGGAACCAGAGGGAACCAGAGACCCGCACUGGAACCGCCCCGGACCAGGACCAGGAGCAGGGACGGAGACAGGCCUGGGAUCGGGACUAAACCGGGACUGAACCAGGACUAAACCAAGACGGACUCUUUGGACCGGAGCCAGGAUGCGGUGCUCGUGCCUCCGGGGCUUGUGUCAGUACGAAACCACCAAACUGGUCCGGAUCCAGAGCGUGCGCCUCGGGUCCCUGAAGUGGGCUCUGAACGGAACCAUCCUCCUCUUCAUCUGUGUUCUUCUGGUGUGGAACCGUCGUUAUCAGGAGUUUGAUUUGGUCGUCAGCUCCGUCACGUCCAAAGUGAAGGGAGUGUCUCAAGUGUCUGUGCCCGAGAUGGGAAAAGGAGCCUGGGACACGCUCGACUACAGCCCCCCCUCCCAGGAUAAAAACUCGUUCUUUGUGGCGACGAACCUGAUCGUGACGCGUGGACAGAGACAAGGACGCUGCGCCGAGGUGCCUGCCAGGGGUCGCACCUGUCGUUGGGACAGAGAUUGUGAGAAAGGCGUGUGGGAGAAGCAGAGUCACGGGGUUCAGACUGGAGCUUGUGUGAAGUUUGACAUCCUGAAGAAAACCUGUGAGAUCUCAGCCUGGUGCCCCGUGGAGACCAAGACCGCUGCCCCCAGACCGGCUCUUUUUGUAGCAGCUGAAAAUUUCACCGUCCUGAUCAAGAACAACAUCCGCUUCCCCGCCUUCAACUACAUCAGGAGGAACAUUCUGCCCUGGAUGAGCGAGUCGUACCUGAAGAACUGUGAGCGUAAACUGGACCCUCUGUGUCCCAUCUUCAGACUCGGGGACAUGGUGAAGGAGGCGGGCGAGAACUUCCACGAGCUCGCUGUGGAGGGGGGCGUCAUCGCUGUGCAGAUUAAGUGGGACUGUAACCUGGACCGUCUGACUCACCGCUGUCUGCCCCAGUACAGCUUCAGACGAGUCGACCAGAAACUGUCCAACAAAACCCUGUCCCCAGGACUCAACUACAGGUUUUCUCGGUUCCAUGUGGUGGACGGUGUGGAGGAGAGGACGUUGUUUAAAGCGUUCGGGAUUCGUUUCGAUGUUCUCGUCUUUGGGCAGGCCGGACGCUUCAGCUUCAUCCAGCUCCUGCUCUACAUCGGCUCCACCCUGUCUUACUACGCCCUGACGACGGUGUUUCUCGAUUGGUUGAUUGACACCAGGUGUUAUUCUGUGGAGGCGGGACACAGAUAUUCUGAGAAGAAAGUGGAGGCUCUGCAGGACACGCCCACGGGGGUGCUGUGUGUGUCUUUUGUGGAUGAGCCGCAUGUGCGUUUGGUGAAAAGGUCUCAGAAGAAAAACCUGCAGAACGUCAAACCCAUGAGUGUCCAGAGCCGCCAGGACGACCCCGGACAUUUCCAGGCCGUCGUCUCUCUGCUCCAGUCCGACCCCGAGAUCCACCCGCUGUCCGACAAACCCUCUGACUCCUCCCCCUCCACUCCUGUGACCCCGCCCCCCGUGGCCCCGCCCCCCUGGUGUAAGUGCUCGUGCUGCAGUCCGUCGUCGGUCCUGGUGGAGGCGCUGUGCUGCCGCGUGGCCCCGGGGCCGUGUCUGUCGUCGUCUCCGGUGUUCGAGCGUCUCGUGUUGUGGCGCCCCCUGCUGGAGUCGUGUCUGCGGUACGAGGACCCGCUGGGCGCCUCCCACAGGAGCGCGAGGGAGCUGCGGCACCGCGCCUACGCCCAGUACGUCCUCUGGAGGUUCGGCCCCGCCCCCUCGCUGCCCUCGCACGCCACGCCCGUCAUCCCCCGCUGCUGCGUCCGGACCAUCCGCCAGCGCUACCCCAGCGACGACGGACACUACAGCGGCGUCCGGCCAAUCACAGCACAGCAGGGGCGGGGCCUGGACAAGAGUGGCCAAUGAGGAAGCAGCUCCAACUUUUCUGAUCGUCUCUUUUUUUCAUUAAACUCUGUAAAACUCCGAGUUCUGCCUCUGAGUCUCUGUGUCUGAGUCCAUGAACCUGUCCUCACCUGUCUUCACCUGCCCUCACCUGCCUUCACCUGCCCUCACCUGCCUUCACCUGCACCU